AUGCCCCAAUCGCCCUUGGAAUUCUCGAAGAGAGCUGAGAGUGACUGGAGUUUGGAUCCAAGCGAAGCAAGUAAUCUUGAUCCAGAGCUCAUCCGAUCGGUGCCCCUUGAAAUUUGCCUAGCUGGCUGGGGAAAGCACUUUCGGACUUCCGGUGUCGCACAGGGCAGAGGUGAAUAUGAAUUGAGUCAGGUGACUGAUCACAUUGAUGAUUUUCUUAGCCACGAUUGGAAGACUUCUCGCUUUGACAAAGUUUUGGCCAUGCUCUGGACUUUCAACUGCUGGGCGGCACUAGUUUCAAGUACACUUGUGAGCUGUUUGACUGGGGUGCUGCGAAUUUAUGCAAAUUCAGAUUUGGGCAAUCAUUGGUGGCCGGUUUGCUUUGGGUACCUCGCAUAUGGGUUUACCCUCUGCUUCUGGCAAAGGAUACGAAGCUGCUUCUGGAAAAGUAGGCAGGUCUUUCUAGACCGCUUGUGCAUUUCUCAGGAGGACGAAGCCUUGAAGCGACAAGGUAUUUUGGGAUUACCGAGUUUCCUUCAUCGAUCUCAACGGCUUACCAUUCUUUGGUCAUCUGAAUGGAGCUCCCGGCUGUGGUGUGUUUUCGAAUUAGCCACCUUUCUCAGCAGGGACUCCUGGCACCACAAGCACCAGAAGCACCAGAAGCAACAGAAACACCAGAAGCACCAGAAGCACCGGCUUUCGAAAGGAAAACCCAUUCAAUUCGUGCCUGUGAAAAUGGGUAGCGUCCUUCUAUUGCAGAGCCUAUGCUUGAUUUCCCUGUCAUUCACUCACGCAGUGAUGUUGGACAUUUUGAACCCUCAGUACGUCUCGGGCGUUCGGCAGCUACUUUUCCAAUUCUAUAUGGUCACCUUUGGAAUAUUGGCGGUCAUCGUGGCGCUGUUCUUGCCUUCCUUCAUCUACAUCGGCCAGGGGAUCAUCCGAGAGCUGGCCGAACUACCAGCUCAGCUCAAAAGCUUCCGUGUCCAAGAUGUGAAAUGUUUCUGCUGCACGAACCAUCACCGUGAACCCAACACUGGGGAGACACUUCCAUGUGACCGUGUGCUGGUGCAUCGAAUGCUGGCGCGAUGGUUUGGAAAGACCUCAGAUGAGGAUGAUUUCGCAUAUGUGGAGAGAUUCAAUAAGCUGGUCCGAGAAGAGCUGUCGAUUGUCGUGCUGUCAGAUGGAACUUUGAGAUUCAGUGAUGCAGUCAAGGUGGCGUGGAGCGUCACAAUUCCUUGGAUUUCAGACUUCAUUCCAUGGUGGGCGGACUCAGAUUUGACCGGUUUUUCUUGGUUCCGUUGGUUUCUUCGCGGCUUCAUGCUUUGGAGCUACAACGGAAUUGUGAUGCUGGCAUGGAUGUGCAUGUGCGGGAUCCUUUGGAAGCUGUCCUUGGCCUUCUUGGACAGGGUGCCCAGGUGUAUUCUGAUGGUAGCACACGUAGCUGCAUUACUUGGCUUCGCCAUUCUCAUUUGGCUUCCCUUCAGGUGGUGGUAUGUUACCACAGACGAAUUGAGCCUGUUGCCACUCGUGCCCUACUCAGCCACUGUGCUGCUUACAAUUGGCUUAUUUCGCUGCCAAUCCGCUGGCAAAUUGGCAUCCCAUGCAGCGCUGCAGCAGGAGCGAUUGGAGCAGCCGGAGCAGGAAGUUUCACCCACGAGUCCCACGAGCCCCACGAGCCCCACGAGCCCACGUGAGGAAGUCUUCGUGGAGCCUCCUGCUCUGUUGGUCGCUGCAGUUUGUCGAACGCCUGCCGACCGUGCAACGCUGCUGGAGCUCUACUCAAAGCAUGUCUUGGAAGCCAAGAAAGUGCUCAGCGAUUUUGCUCUUCGCGCCUGGUCACCUGUGGCUGCCCAAAGCAGCGCGGAAGAGUUCGCUCAGCAGCUGCUGCCCACUGCCCUACGGAUGACGAAGCGUCAGCCUGCUGCGAGCGCCGUCUCCUUUCCGUCCAUGGUUGGAAGUGUUCACCUGGACCUGUCAGCUCAUGCAAAGGAACUUCUUGAGACAGCACCAGAGAAGCUGAAAGACAAGGACCGGCGAUUGCUGGGCCGCAGCCUGGUAAAAGAUGUAGCAAAAGCAUCCUCAUCCACUGCAUUGCUGGCAGUGGCAGAGUCUUGGGCGGAGCUUGUGAAGAAAGCCGGCAAAGUGGAUGAGAAACAGGCAGCCUUGCAAGCCUUGGCUGAGCUAGCGAGCCAUUUGCCUGUCCUUGAAGAUGCUAGCAUGGUUGCAAAGCUGAUAGACCCCAAGGGACCUUUGGCCAAAGUAGCAGCUGAAGACGCGAAUGAAGAGCUCCUGGGCUGCACGCAGGCCUUCGCAAGUCGGAAGCCGCAUCCUGUCACUGGAAUGGGGUAA